AUGGUUAUCUCCACGUGCAUACCCCUGCGUGCACAUCGCUUGGAUCUCCUGCACUGGCUCACCAAGCUUGGCGCUGGCGUUGAGAUGACCACCGAAACAGGCCAGCUCGCUGGGGCAAGGAUCGCUCCACUUCCAGGUAACCAUGUAGCCUGGUGGCAUGCGGAGUUCGAUAUGUGCGCAGAGGAUGCGGGGAUGCUGGUGUCGCUAAUGUUGGGGCAUGCAAUGCAGCGGGCCAACCUCGUUGGCCUCGAGGCGGGUAUGCCCCUCCGGGCACGCUUUACUGAAGCUUCUCGUCAAGGCUGUCUCGGCCCUCCUCACCCCGCGGGCAAAGCAGCUCCUGCACCUGCACCUGUUCGGCUUGCAGCUCGCAGCCCGGCACCUUCAUGCAAUCAAGUUUUCUGA